GCUGAAAAUGGCUUGGAGGAGGCGAGCUCUUAGUUUAUGUCUUGAAAAUAAACACUUUAAAGUGGAUCAAAGAGUUUUAAAUGCUGCCGUCGGACGAAAUAACGUUUCUGCUCAGCUGCAAAAUCAUGCAUACGGAACAUCAAGUAAAGGGAAGAGUUAUGAUGACGUUUUUAACCAGUCAAUCAAAAAUCCUGACGAAUUUUGGGCUGAGGCAGCAGAUCAGCUGGUUUGGAACAAGAAAUGGAAUAAAGUUUUAGAUAAUUCUAAAUCACCCUUUACAGAAUGGUUUAGUGGUGGUGAAAUCAGUACUUGUUAUAAUGCUGUUGAUAGACAUGUUGACUCUGGCAGGGGAGAUAACCUAGCUUUAAUACAUGACAGUCCAGUUACUAAUACUGUACAGAAAAUAACUUAUAAGCAACUACAACAGAAGGUAAGCAAGUUAGCUGGUGUAUUAAGAAAGUAUGGUGUAAAUAAAGGAGAUACAGUAUUAAUUUAUAUGCCAAUGAUUCCUGAAGCUGUUAUAACUAUUAUGGCCUGUACUAGAAUUGGUGCUAUUCAUUCUCUGGUAUUUGGUGGCUUUGCUGCUAAAGAAUUGUCAGUUAGAAUCAACCAUUUAGCUCCUAAAGUAGUAGUCAGUGCAAACUGUGGAGUAGAGCCCAACAGAAUUGUGCCUUAUAAACCAAUGUUACAUGAUGCCUUAAAUAUGAUAGAAUUUAAACCUAAUAAAUGUGUUAUAUUUAACAGGCCUGGGUUUGAUCGUGCUCCUAUGACAAAGAACCUAGAUGUAUGUUGGGAAGAAGAGAUGAGUGAUAUUAAACCAGUAGAUUGUGUACCAGUACUAGCUACUGAUCCUGUUUAUAUUCUCUAUACAUCUGGUACUACUGGCUUACCUAAGGCUGUAGUACGACCUAAUGGUGGACAUGCUGUCAUGUUAAAUUGGAGUAUGAGUAAUGUAUUUGGUAUAGCACCAGGAGAGGUAUGGUGGGCUGCUUCAGAUUUAGGAUGGGUAGUAGGACAUUCCUAUAUUGCUUAUGCUCCUUUAUUAAAUGGUAGCACCAGUGUUAUUUAUGAGGGCAAACCAGUUGGAACACCUGAUGCUGGUAAAUUUUUUCAAGUUAUUAAAGAUCAUAAUAUAAAUGGUAUGUUUACAGCACCAACUGCAUUACGUGCUAUCAGAGCUGCUGACUCAGAAGGUGAAAUAAGUAAGAAAUAUCUUCCAUUUACUGAUUUUCGAGCAUUAUUUGUAGCAGGUGAACACUGUGAUCAUGAAACUAUGGAAUGGACUCGGAAAGCUUUUGAUUGUCCUGUUCUAGAUAACUGGUGGCAGACAGAAACUGGCUGUCCAAUGAGUGCUACAUGUGUUGGUCUUGGUAUGGAUAGUUAUCCAACACCAGGUGUAGCUGGUAAACCUGUACCAGGAUGGAAUAUACAUGUUUUAAGACCUGAUGGAACAGAAUGUAAUGAUAAUGAAUUUGGACAAAUUGCAGUCAAAUUACCUCUUCCACCAGCAGCUUUCUCUACACUUUAUAAAAGUGAAGAUAGAUUUCUGAACACCUACUUUAAAACUAUUCCUGGUUAUUAUGAUACUAUGGAUUCAGGAUUCCGAGAUGAGAAAGGGUAUAUAGCUGUAAUGGCUAGAACUGAUGAUGUUAUCAAUGUAGCAGGACAUAGACUAUCUACAGGGUCUCUUGAGGAAGCUAUUUUAGAAAAUAAAGAUAUUGUUGAAACGGCUGUUAUUGGGGUCAAAGAUGAAUUAAAGGGGCAGGUCCCUGUAGCUUUAUGUGUUAUUAAACAAGGUAGGUUUAUGUCCUGUAAUAUUAUUGAUAUCAGAUAUGCUGUAUUUUUUCAUGUUUUCCACAUCUGUAGCAGAAAAGAAGUGUGUAAGGAAACAAAAUCAAUGCAAAUUCAGCUAGUUUCACAUAAAAAAAGUAAAUUAGACAUUUUGUAA